AUGUCCUUAUUUAAUAAAGAAGACUGGGAUGAAAUAUUCUCUUUCGAAGUUAAAAAGAUACCAAAGAUUGAUAAAUCAAUUAUUAAUCUUAUGAAAAAGUAUUCUGUAACAGACUUAUCCAAGUUUCGAAAAAUCAUUUUUGAACCCUUUUUACCUACUAGCACUCCAUACUCCAACAAGGAGCACUUUGAAUUAAAUUACAUUCACCUCGCAUAUAGCAUUAUGCACACGUUCUGGGAAGAUAAUGACAACUUUUCUCUGGACUCAUCAAAGUUAGAAGGAUGGUAUCAGUUAAAUAUAUGGGGUCCACUUAUUGACUCCGUAUUUCGUUGUUCAAAUAUUAAUCUAAUACGAGGCGAAGGAAUGAAUAGAGCUUCGAGUGAUAGAAAGAAUCAAACAAAUUAUGGAAGAAGAUCGGAAAGAAAGGAGAUGGAAUAUUUAGGCUGA